GUGCCUCCGAGACGCCGGCGACGUGAGGGCGUCGGGAGGUUCGCUGGGCGGAACCCUCUCCGGCCUUUCCGGAGGGAACUCUAGGGGUGACGCUACGACUCUACUACUAGAACGAUGGGGGCGGCGGAGGCCGAAGCGGAUCGCACUCUCUUUGUGGGGAAUCUGGAGACGAAAGUCACUGAGGAGCUUCUGUUCGAGCUUUUCCAUCAAGCCGGGCCGGUAAUAAAAGUGAAAAUUCCAAAAGAUAAGGAUGGUAAAUCCAAGCCGUUUGCCUUUGUGAAUUUUAAACACGAAGUGUCCGUUCCUUAUGCAAUGAAUCUACUCAAUGGAAUAAAACUCUUUGGAAGGCCGAUCAAAAUUCAGUUUAGAUCGGGAAGUAGCCACGCAUCACAGGAUGUCACUUUGUCAUAUCCCCAACAUCUUGUUGGAAAUUCAAGCCCUACUUCCACAUCUCCUAGCAGGUAUGAAAGGACUAUGGAUAACAUGUCCCCUUCAACACAGAUAGUUCAGAGAUCUUACUCAACUCCAGAAAAUUUUCAGAGACAAGCAGUGAUGAACAAUAUUUUGAGACAGAUGUCAUAUGGUGGGAAAUUUGGUUCUCCACAUCCGGAUCAGUCAGGAUUUUCCCCAUCAGUUCAGUCCCACAGUCAUUCCUAUAACCAGUCCUCAAGCUCUCAGUGGCGCCAAGAUACACCAGCAUCCCAGCGUAAAGUCAGACAGAGUUCUCAUCCCUACAUAGCAGAUAGACAUUAUAGUCGUGAGCAGCGGUACCCUGAUUGUGAGCAGCGUUACAGUGAUCACGGCUCCGACCAUCAUUACAGAGGAAGCAGAGAUGAUUUCUUCCAUGAAGAUAGGAGUCACGAUGGCUGGAGCCAUGACUAUGACAGUAGAAGAGACAGUAGUAGAGAUGGGAAAUGGCGCUCAUCUAGACACUAAUAGUGUCUGAAGGACAUUUUAUAUAUAUAUAUAUAUAUAUAUAGGGUCAUUGUAGAUCCUUUGCGCAGCAUUGAUCUGGAAGUAUUUUGUAAAAAAUCUACAGAGCAACUUUACAAGUUGCCACAUUCCCUGAUAAAAUUCGAAUAGCCUACAACUACAGUCGAAUACAGAAAUUCGAAGAAUUGUGGUUCCACUUUUACUGACUUUAAUAAAUAACCUUUCACCUCAGGGUUUUAUGGCAAGGAAAGGGAAAAUCAAAAAAAGUGCCACAGUUCCUAAUCAUUUUAAAAAAUCGAGGAAAGGAUAUAAUGUAUAGGUUUAUUGUAUUGUAAAGCAGAUAUUUUAAUUAACUUUUUGUAUUGCAAGAAGUUUCUUGUUAGUGAUUCAUAUUUUCAGGUAUCUGAAAGAAAACUCAAGUUUAUAGUCUGAAAUAACUUUGUAUUUUGUUAAGUGAGAAAAUGGUGUUUCAGUGAAUCAUUUUACAUUUUGUAGGAGAAAGGUUAUUGGUAACGUUUUGAGUAGAAGUAAUAUAUAACUUAAGAGAAUUUAAGUUCUGUGGCAUGCUCCUUUGAGCUAAACCCUAAUUGAAAAUACAAGUACAAACUAUUUGUAUUAUGCUGUUUCCAAAAUUAAGAUUAUUAUU